AUGGCUGUCUGUAACGUGAGCGAUAAAUACAUAAAAAGGAUUUUAUUGUGGGUUGGAAUAUGUUUGUACGUGGCUCAGGGAGCCGAUAUAGUAAGCCUACUCUAUGGUUCAUCCGUCAAUGAUACGUUCGAAGAUCUGGAUCAACUUGACUUCGAGCAGGAUGAUGAUAGCAUCAUUAAUGAGUAUUACAAAGAAUUGGCUCUGAAAAAGAGGAAUGGAGGGUCCGCGAUGUGGAUGGCUAAUAACAUCAUCAAAUUCUGCCAGAGGCAGCCAGAUUAUUGCCACACUGCUGGUGGCAGGCAGAGACUCAAACAAGAAUUCAUCCAUUUGCUUUCUAAACGGUUUACCAGAAGAAAUGAUUUUAAAUUUCCGUUUAACUUUGCAUGA